CCAGCACUAGCUGACUAAAGCUCUGCAGUGUCAACACUACCAGUCGAGCCAGAAGAUGUCUCUUCUACAAGGAAGCGUUAUUUUGAUCUUUGUAGUGGCAUGUGUGGCUCAAGAGGCAGAUUUUAGUAUAGACUGCAAAACUGAUGCGGUCCUGAUAAAAUGGCCUCUGAAACUGACCCAGGAGCAGCUUCAUAAUCCCUACACGGUGCUCCUGGGUAACUGCGUCCCAUCCACCGUGAAUGGAGAAGAGGUGGUCUUCCAUGUGGCAUACGAUGACUGCCUCUUCAAGAGCAUGGUGUUUGGAAAUAAAGUUGCCUUUGUGAACCUACUGACAUACAGACCAGGUCUCAAUGUCCCGGCACAGUCUCACAUGGUGGAAUGCGUCUUUGACAAGCCUGCUCUAGAUAAUUCUUCAGCAGGGAAACUGGACUUCAGUGGUGAGGGAUCCAUGUUCACAAUGGAGCUUAUGAAUGAUGACUUCAGCGGUCCAUCCACCUCCAGCACCUUCUCUGUGGGUUCCAAGAUCCACGUCCGGGCCUCUGUGACUGAGAGCACCACUGUACCUCAGCAGGUUUACCUGGAUGAAUGCAUCAUGACCUCCUCCCCGAACCCCUACCUGGCCAACGACUCCUAUACUGUGGUCAACAAUGCAGGGUGUCUUCUAGAAAGCAAGUAUGGAAAUGCCACUUUGCAGUUCAGAGAGAAGCCCUCAGAACUACGGUUUUGUCUGAUGGCCGUUGGAUUUGUGGAUGCUAAAGAGGUGUACCUGCACUGCCGCCUGAUCUCGUGGGAGAAGCAUGUGCAGGACGUGGAUAAGAAGGCCUGCUCCUACAGCAAGGAGCGGCAGCGCUGGGAGCUGCUCGACGACUCCUCCCGAAAUGACCUCUGCAGCUGCUGCGACUCCAUCUGCCAGAGAGGAGCACGAGGUCAAUGGCAGAAUGCUGUGGUUGGCCCUAUAAAAAUCCUGUCCGACACCAACCAGUCGAGCAAAAGUUCUCUCUGGAACAAAGUAAAAGGUUCGAGCGGGGCAACGUUCUGGCUGCUGACGGUGUUUCUGCCGGUGGUGCUGCUGGCGGCCACGGGGGCUCUGGCCCUCAGCUACUACCUCUGCUGGUGGAGGGGAGGCCGCAUGGGCUACCGGCCCGCCAGGGAUCUGCUCAACAACAAAUACUAACUCAACAGGAUACUACUCCAUUCGUGCAGACUUUCACUUUUAGACUUGCACGUCUUUUUACUCAAUAAAUACUAACCUACCUCAUCAA